GUCAAAAAUGGCGUCUGAUAAACAAAGUAUGCUGAGAAAACGAAAGUUAGUAGAUGUUGGAAGUGAUUCGGAUAAUGAGACGGAAAAGAAUGAAAAACACGCAAGAACAAAAUCAGAAGCACCACGACUGUGUCCGUACUUGGACACGAUUAAUCGGCAGUUCCUGGAUUUUGAUUUUGAAAAAUUGUGCUCUGUGUCGUUGUCUAGAAUCAAUGUGUAUGCUUGUUUGGUUUGUGGCAAAUAUUUUCAAGGCAGAGGAAGUAAUACGUACGCAUACACUCAUAGUGUAGCAGAAACUCAUCAUGUUUUUCUUAAUUUACACACGCUCAAAUUUUACUGCUUACCAGAUAAUUAUGAGAUAGUAGAUUCAUCCCUAGAUGAUAUCAAAUAUGUGUUGAAUCCAACUUUUGACAAAACACAAAUAGCACAGCUAGAUAAGAGCGAUAAGCAAUCUAGGGCAAUCGAUGGUUCCAUGUACUCACCAGGAAUAGUAGGGAUGAAUAAUAUAAAAGCCAACGAUUACUGCAAUGUCAUUUUACAAGCACUUUCACAUGUUACACCAUUGAGAGAUUUCUUCUUAAGGGAAUCUAAUUAUUCCCACGUAAGGAGACCACCUGGUGAUUCGUCCUAUCUCUUGGUACAAAGAUUCGGAGAACUUAUGCGAAAAUUAUGGAACCCGCGUAACUUCAAGGCACAUGUAAGCCCCCACGAAAUGCUGCAGGCUGUAGUUCUGUGGAGUAAAAAGAGAUUUCAGUUCACGGAGCAAGGUGAUCCCGUUGAUUUUCUGUCCUGGUUCCUAAAUGCUCUUCACCUAGCGUUAAAUGGGACAAAGAAACGUGACUCCAGUAUAAUUUAUAAAACGUUUUUGGGGCAUAUGAGAAUAUACACGCGUAAAAUACCGCCGUUGGAAUUAGAAGAGAGUCAGAGGAGCGAACUGCUGCACACCGUUGAAUACGGUGAAACUGUGACGGAAAGCCCGUUCUUAUAUCUCACAUGCGACCUUCCGCCGCCUCCGUUGUUCAAAGACCAGUUCACGGAGAAUAUUAUCCCGCAGGUAAAUCUGUAUACGCUUCUGAACAAAUUUAACGCCGUCACCGAGAAGGAAUAUAAAACCUACAAGGAGAAUUUCAUGAAGAGAUUCGAAAUUACUGAACUGCCACCUUAUCUUAUAUUGUAUAUAAAAAGAUUCACGAAAAAUACAUUCUUCGUUGAGAAAAAUCCAACAAUCGUCAAUUUCCCUGUUAAAAAUGUUGAUUUUGGAGAUAUUUUAACGCCGGAUGUAAAGGCCAAACAUCCAUAUACAACGUAUGAUCUGGUAGCUAAUAUAGUGCACGACGGUGAACCAGGUCAAGGAACAUACAGAGUUCAUAUUUUGCAUAGAGCCACUGGUCAGUGGUACGAAUUACAAGACUUGCACGUCACACAAAUUUUGCCCCAAAUGAUUACUCUCACUGAAGCAUAUAUACAGAUCUACGAAUUAAGGAAGGAUGUGCAGAUGGAAAACGGGGACAAUAAGAACAAAAAAACUACAUGAUAAAUUCGACUUGUGAAAAUAAGAUAAUAAAACUUUACAUUUUGUGUAGACCUCGUUGUUUCGAGUUCUCUCGACAUUUCCGUAACGAGCUCACGAUAUUUCAGAUUUGAUUAAAUUUUUCUCAGUCGCUGAUUCUUCUCGGUUGCGCGAAUUUUCUGACUUGAUUUAUUCGAAUUAUCAACAAGUACUAUCAUUUUUUUCCAGCUGAACAAUGGAUUCAUAUUAUCUCUCUGACAGAAGAAUUCAGCCUCGUAAUAAAAAUUGUGCGUAUAAAACAAAAAU